AUGGCUCCCCACCUUGACGAGGAUUUACUAUUCCUCAAACGAUCGACAUUUUCUCAUUCCAUUGGCCAACGAAGCUAUCAAGCAUGCACUCCUUGUCGGAACCGGAAGCUCAAAUGUUUAACGCCAGAUCAGGGGUUUGAUUGUCCUAGAUGUCGCAAAGAGGGGAGGGAUUGCGUAUGGGCGGUGGCCAGGACCAAGAGAGGCUGCGAGAAGAUUGCGAGGAAAGAAGUCUUUCGACCAAGUGAAAAUAAAGAAAGAUCGAGUGGCAGGGAAGCGGUACAUAAUAGUCCAGAAAGAUCUUCGGUAGCCCUUCAAUUACCUCGUCAAAAGUCACAGGUGAUCCCAGUGCUUUUGGAGGCGCCUUCUAAUGAUGAUCUCGACACGAUGGAGUUGUCCAUCUUUGGGGUUUGCCUUGCACCUGAUGUAACGAAUGAACAUGUGGCUGAGACGGCUGGAUUUGAUGCUUCCGGUAGGAUUGGAGAAAUAGACGCGAGGGAUGGAGGGAUUCAAUCCAACUCUCUCCUGUUCGAUCGAUGGCAUGAGAGUUUUGAAGGAGUGUUGGAAUUGUCAUUUAAUGUACGGGAGGACCUUUGCGUGGGGGACUAUUUCCCAACUCCUGAAUCGAGUGGCCACAGUUCCUCUUCCACCAAUAUUUUAGAAACAAGGCGGAGAGUGCUCAAAGGUUGUAGCAUGCAGCCUUCAAAUCCAAAUUGGCCUUCUACAGUCGAUAAUCGGAACCAUUUUCUAUGGGAAGGAAUCGCAAUUAUAAUGAAGCACAUCCAGAUAUUGCUCUUCUCAUCAGAACAACACACCUCAAAGCUGAUCAGGAACGGAACCUACCUUGCUGAGGCCAAAAAGUUCCAACCAAGACUUCGAGGCUGGAAGCGGGAUUUUGACAAGCUCGAUGUCUUCCUGUCGGCACGGUAUAUUUUUCUGACAGAGUUUGAAUACUCAAAGGUCUAUCUUAAUUCUAUUGCUCUACAAGCUAUGAUGCGGUCUCCAAACUACAAUUCUUCCUCAAGCCAAACUGCCCAAAACGAAAUUGAGACCCUCAUCAACUCCUGUCGUAAUCUUGUGCAGACAGUCACGGAUGGUGUUCUUCAAGGAGAAUCUCUUAUCUAUGCGCCUACUAGAACAUACCUCCGACUUCUCGGGGCAACAACAAUGAUGCUAAAUGCGUUGAAAGUUUCGACAAAAUUGGGGGAUGUCGCAAUUAACUUCAAAUGCAUUGAACAGGCAAUACUAGUGCUUCGCAUAUGCGAAACUAAUGAGAUGCAACCUUCGGUGCGUCUUUCCGAGAAAUUGAGUAUUUUGCUUGAAACUCCUUGGGGCUCGCUAGAUGAGAAUAGUACGAUGGUUGACCCGGAUGGAAAUAUGAGAGUUCAAGAAGUGUGGCAGUGUGGAAUUGAACAGGUCACUAAUAGCAUUGAAGAGAAUGGAACACUAUCGUAA